AUGAGCGCCGUGGACGAACUCAAACUACUCAAGACCCAGGUCCAGGACGUCGCGCGCGUUUGCAACGCUGUCGCUCGCGGCGAUUUGUCUCAGAAGAUCACCGUGCCGGUGCAGGGUGUGGUUAUGAUCCAGCUCAAAGACGUCAUCAACGCUAUGGUCGACAAACUUGGUCAAUUCGCAAAGGAAGUCACUCGGGUCAGUCAGGAAGUCGGAACGGAAGGCAAAUUGGGCGGUCAGGCACUGGUACUCGACGUCGAAGGCACAUGGCGGGAACUCACGGGCGUUGUCAACAAAUUGGCGGCAAACUUGACGAACCAGGUACGGUCAAUCGCAAAGGUCACGAAAGCUGUCGCAUUGGGAGAUUUGUCGAAACAAAUCGAAGUCGACGCACGCGGAGAAAUACUGGAACUAAAGAAUACAGUCAACGGAAUGGUCGUCAGACUAAGAGCGUUAGCGGCAGAAGUCACACGGGUCACUAUGGAAGUCGGUUCUAAAGGUCAAUUGGGAGGUCAAGCGCACGUACCGGACGUCGAGGGAGUAUGGUUAGAGUUGACUCGAAACGUCAAUCGAAUGUGUUCAAGUUUGACAGAUCAAGUGCGGUCCAUCGCCAAAGUCACAACUGCUGUCGCUCGCGGAGACUUGACGCAGAAGAUCGACAUAGAGGUCGAGGGCGAGAUGCUCACCUUGAAACGGACGGUCAACUCCAUGGUGGACCAGUUGAGCGCCUUCGCAUCCGAGGUCACACGUGUCGCAUUGGAGGUCGGAACGCAGGGUAUCUUGGGAGGCCAGGCGCGAGUCGAGGGCGUGCAGGGUACCUGGGCCGACUUGACCAGGAACGUCAACAAAAUGGCCACCAAUUUGACGGAUCAAGUGCGGUCUAUCUCCGAGGUCACCAAGGCCGUCGCGAACGGAGACUUGAGCCGGACCGUCAACGUCGACGUGCAGGGUGAGAUGCUGGACCUUAAGACGACCGUCAACCAGAUGGUGGCCCGUCUCUCCACUCUUGCUAGCGAAGUCACACGUGUAUCCUUGGAGGUCGGAACCGAGGGUAUCAUGGGUGGCCAAGCCUCCGUCCCGGAUGUCCAAGGGGUCUGGAAGGGCUUGACGGACAAUGUCAACUUGAUGGCCAUGAACUUGACGAACCAGGUGCGAUCGAUCGCGGAGGUGACGAAGGCCGUCGCUGGCGGUGACUUGACCAAGCGCAUCACCGUCGACGUCCGCGGAGAGAUGCUGGACUUGAAGGAGACCGUCAACGGCAUGACGGAGAGUUUGAGCCUGUUCGCCGACGAGGUGACGCGUGUCGCGAAGGAAGUCGGAACGGAAGGUCUGUUGGGCGGCCAGGCGCAGGUUAACAACGUCGGCGGUACCUGGAAGGACUUGACGGACAAUGUCAACGUGAUGGCGUCCAACCGUGCGGUAGCGAAGGGCGAUUUGACGCAGAAGGUCACCGGCGUCCCGGUCUCUGGAGAGAUCCUCGAUCUCGUCAACACGAUCAACAGCAUGAUUGACCAGUUGGCCAUCUUCGCUGCCGAGGUGAAGAAGGUCGCGCGCGAAGUCGGUACCGAAGGAAAGCUCGGGGGCCAGGCCGAGGUCGGCAACGUCGAGGGUAUUUGGCAGGAAAUCACCAUGUCCGUGAACACGAUGGCAAGCAAUUUGACGACACAAGUCAGAGGUUUCGCGCAGAUCUCAGCGGCAGCCAUGGACGGUGACUUCAGUCGAUUCAUCACGGUCGAGGCAAGCGGAGAGAUGGACUCGUUGAAGACCCAGAUCAACCAGAUGGUGUCCAACUUGCGCGACAGUAUCCAGAAGAACACCGCGGCGAGGGAGGCUGCCGAGUUGGCCAACCGUAGCAAGUCGGAGUUCUUGGCGAACAUGUCUCACGAGAUCAGGACGCCGAUGAACGGUAUCAUCGGUAUGACGGAGCUCACGCUCGACAGCGACCUGAACAGGUCGCAGCGCGAGAACCUGCUCUUAGUCCACAGCUUGGCCCGCUCCUUAUUAUUGAUCAUCGACGACAUCUUGGAUAUCUCGAAGAUCGAAGCUGGACGGAUGACGAUGGAACAGGUGUCCUACUCCAUCCGACAGACCGUCUUCGGUAUUCUCAAGACGUUAGUCGUGCGGGCCUCUCAGAACCAGCUCGACCUCACCUACGACGUCGAUCCCGAUAUUCCCGAUCAGCUCAUCGGUGACUCGCUGCGCCUGCGCCAGGUUAUCACCAACUUGGUCGGCAAUGCCAUCAAGUUCACUCCAUCGAAGGUCUCCCGCAAGGGUCACGUCGCCCUCAGCUGUCGACUACUAGCGAAGGACGACAUGCACGUCACUCUGGAGUUCUGCGUAUCCGACACGGGUAUCGGUAUCGCCAAGGACAAGCUCACCAUGAUCUUCGACACCUUCUGUCAGGCAGACGGCUCCACAACUAGGGAGUACGGUGGUACUGGUCUCGGGUUAUCCAUCUCGAAGCGUCUCGUCACGCUCAUGAUGGGUAAUAUGUGGGUCGAGUCCGAAGUCGCGAACGGGUCCAAGUUCUUCUUCACCAUCACCUCGCAAAUCAGCCCGCUGUCGAUGGAGGCGACGCUCACGAAGAUGUCGCCGUUCCAGAAGCGUAGCAUUCUGUUCGUGGAUACCCUCUUCGACCGCACCGGCGUCGUGCAGCGCGUCCUCGAGCUCGGCUUGAGGCCGUAUGUCGUGCACAGCGUCGCGGAGGUCGCGGACAAGACGACAUGCCCACACAUAGAUACCAUCGUCGUGGACUCUCUGCUCGUCACCGAGAGUCUGCGCGAGCAUGAGCACUUGCGUUAUAUACCCAUUGUCUUGUUGUCCCCCGAAUCGAGCCCCCGUCUGAACCGUGAGUGGCUUACGUUCGCGCAUCAAAUCCAGAUGUUGAACAGUGCUACAGUCAAAUGGUGUCUCGACAACGGUAUCUCCUCUCAAAUCACCACCCCCGUGUCCGAGCAGGACCUCGCGUCUGCGCUCAUAUCCGCUCUCGAGUCGAACACCGUCACGCCAGUCGUGGCGGAGAACGACGUGCCGUACGACAUCCUGAUCGCCGAGGACAACCUGGUCAACCAGAAGCUCGCGGUGAAGAUCCUCGAGAAGUACGGUCACCAGGUCGAGAUCGCCGAGAACGGCCAGCUGGCGGUCGAUGCGUUCAAGGCACGAGUCCAGAGGAAUAGGCCGUUCGAUGUCAUCCUCAUGGAUGUGUCUAUGCCGUUCAUGGGUGGUAUGGAGGCCACGGAGCUCAUUCGCACGUACGAGCAGACUCACGGUCUAGAGCCCACACCCAUCAUCGCACUAACGGCGCACGCAAUGAUCGGUGAUCGUGAGCGCUGCUUGCAAGCAGGCAUGGACGACCACAUCACGAAGCCACUGCGUCGCAGCGAUCUCAUGAACUCCAUCAACAAGCUCGCGGGCGAGAGGAAGAUGGCGUUGGCGCGGAACCGGGUGCAGCACCGCUCGUCGUUCCCCAUGCAGGCCCUCCUGCGCGAGUUCCGAUGA